AGGCCCAGUAGUGUCGUUUGUUGUGUUAGUCAGUUUACUCCGUUAUUGAUAAUUACAGACAGUAAAUUGGUUGAAAAAUGCAAUGUCUAGAAAAUAGCUGUCAAUGGAAUUAUCUCAAUGACACCUGCCCCAAGCCAAACACCGGUGAUGUCUUUCAAGACAUCCUUUCAACUUUCCAUUUGCUGGUUACGUCGACUUGUCUCAUUACUGACAAGUGGGAGCCGAGUGCAGACAUCAAAGAUGGUGAUACGUUUAAUUUCAUAGUUGUCGGUGCAGGAACAGCCGGUUGUGUUUUGGCUAAUCGCCUAACUGAAGUUAAAUCCUGGAAAGUCUUAUUGAUUGAAGCAGGCGGUGAUCCACCUUUGGAAUCUUAUAUACCACCGUAUGAUCACCGUUUAUUUGGUUCUGAAUUUGACUGGCAGUAUAAAACUGUUCCAACAGGAAAAACUAAUUGUGCAAAUGUCGGAGAAAGUAUAGAUUGGCCUCGCGGAAAAAUGCUCGGUGGAUCUAGUGCAAUUAAUGGCAUGGUUUACUUUAGAGGUGUUGCUGAUGAUUUCAAGAAAUGGUUCGAUCUCGGUAACAAUGAAUGGUGUGCAGAUGUUGUUUUUAAAUAUUAUAAAAAAUUAGAAAGUCUACAAGAUCAAAAGUUGUUACAUAAUCCUCAUAUAAAAGAUUUGUACGGAUUGAAUGGACCUCAGGUAAUAAAUACAUUUAAUAGGUCAGACGAAGAACUAGUUAAAAACCUUCUAGAAUCAUACAACCAGAUAGGCUUACAAAAACAAGAAGACCUGCAUUUGGCUAAUCUUCUUGGAGCGGGAUUAUCUAGAGAUACUGCUUAUAAUGGAAUAAGAGCCAGCACAGCUACAACGUAUUUAAGCCAAAUACAACACAGAGAAAAUUUUAAGUUAAUAAAGAAUGCUUUCGUUGUUAAAAUCCUGCUAGAUAGUAACUCUAAAGCCUACGGAGUAGUAGUAAAAUACAGAGGAAAAGAAAUAAAAGUAUUUGCUUCCGAAGAAGUUAUUAUUAGUGCAGGCUCUAUAAAUUCACCACAAUUAUUAAUGUUGUCAGGAAUUGGAGAGAAAAAACAUUUAGAAUCAAAAGAUAUUGCUUGUAAAGUGGAUUUACCAGGAGUAGGUAAAAAUUUACAAGAUCACCUUACCAUAAAUAUACCCAUUUUCGGUACUCAGCCUGACUAUCAAAAUGAAAUUGAAAAAUACUUAAGUUUCGCGCUUUACUCUUAUAAUAGAACCGGUUUAUUGUCACAAUCCAAUUUCCCUCAUUUAAUAGCAUUUUAUUCGAGAAAUAAAAAUGCAAAAUAUCCGGAAUUCGAAGCCCAUGUGAAUGUUUGGCGUAAAAAUUCUUCGUCUGCAAAAAACUUAUUUUCUAUAUUUAAAGAACCGAUAUACCAAAGUUUCAGUGAGCUUUCUGAAAAAUACGAUUGCAUUGUUUUUCGUUUUAACCUGCUACGUCCAUACUCCCGUGGGAAUAUAUAUUUAAAUACAAGUAAUCCAUUCGAUCACCCAUUGAUAUAUGCAAACUAUUUAGAAGACGAAAGAGACAUUGAGGCUACCGUAGAGGGUAUCCGGAUGCUGACUGGUAUUAUCGAAACCGAUUAUUUUAAAAGUAUAAAUGCAUUUAUUGGUAGGUAUAAUUGGCCAAAAUGUAAUAAAUACAAAUUGAAUAGUUACGGCUACUGGAGAUGUAUAGCUCCAGAGAUUGUGACAACAAUUUACCAUCCUGUGGGUACAUGUGCAAUGGGGCCUGAUCCAAGCUCAGCAGUAGUGGACAGCCGUCUGCGCGUACACCAUGUGAAGGGAUUGCGUGUUAUCGACGCUAGCAUAAUGCCCUAUAUUACAAGUUGCAAUACUAACGGGCCUACGAUCAUGAUUGGUGAGCGUGGCUCCGAUUUGAUAAAAGAAGAUCAUGGAAUUAAAGAUUUGAAUAAAAAUGGACAUUAAGAUUUGUGGCUUCUGUACAAAAAUAGGUGUUGGUGAACUUAGUCGGAGUGAACAUUUUGAUACUAAUGUC